UCCAGAUCGCAACAGCUGCAUUACCUACACAGCCAAAACAGAACUCCUCUCCUGCACCUCCACCGAAACACAAAACCAAAAUGGCAGACUACGCCUACGCCUCCACCCCCCUAACAACCACCAACCUAGGCACCGCCCUCCUCCGCCUCAGCCCGCUGAUGAUCUCCUCCGCGUCGCUGAUGUGCGCCUGGGACCAGCAGAACGCCUUCCGCUCCUUCCUGGCGCCGCCGCUGCUCCGCAAGCCCAACGACAUCUGCGCCCACGUCGUGGUGGACUGGUUCGCCGAGUUCGCCAAGCCGACCAAGUGGGUGAUCAUCCUGUCCUACCCGUUCGCCCUGAUCAUCGCCUUCAUCAACGCGUUCGGCGCCCCCGGCGCCGGCCUCCACCCGCAGACCAAGGCCUUCUACGCCGCGGGUGGCGUCCUCUCCAUCCUGCACUUCUACUUUGGCACCUAUUCGAUGAUGUGGAAUGCCCGGAUCUCCAGCAAGGAGCAUAUCGGGACAAAGAACUAUGAUGCGCUGCGCGGGUGGUUGGGCAAUAAUUUUACCAGGAUGCUAACAGUCAAUGUGCCGGCCUGGGCAAUGUUUGUUUGUGCGACGGCGACGUUUCUAAAGAUCUAAAUCGUUUAGGGUUGGG